AGUGAUUUAAUUCAUUAAAAGUACUAUUCGGUACUAUUGCGGGCGCGAAUUAUUUCUUACUGCUCUGAUUUGUUUCGAUCAGAUACAUUGCCUUACACGUAACAAGUCUGAUCAUUCAAAUUCACAAACAAUCCAAAGGUGGAGAAAGAAGAAACCCCCCUUUCUAAUACCGUAAGGCAGGAAAGGGAAAGUAACCUGUAUAGAUUUUUUCACGUGGGUAUUAUAUUUUCAUCAGUUUUUUCGUCCCAUGUGUGUGGUUGCUGGAAAGGAGUUCAGGGGUGUUUUUAGGUGUGGCUUUAAUUCAUUUUUCUUCUGUAGAAUAUCGAGUUACAGGUUUGGGUUCAAGGCAAUUGUCAUCUUUGUAGCCUGGAUUUUUCUAUACUGAAACACCCAUACAUAGUUUCAUAAUUUAAUUCUUUUGGUAGGAGUAUUGCAUUUUUUGAAGUAUUAACAUGGAUCGAUCAGAGGAUGAAGUGGAUAUAUCUGAAGUAGAAGAUGAACAGAAGAAGGGGCAAUCGGGGAGUGAAGUAGAAGAUAGCGAGCAAUCAUCAUCAUCUUCUUCGGAUGGGCAUGAAUCAGAUGAUGCAAGCGGUGAUAGCAGUGGGAGCGGGAGUAGAGAUGAGGGUGCAAGUGUUGCUGGUAGUGGGGCUGGCAGUGGUGCCAGUGCCAGCAGUGGGAGUAGCAGUGGUGGUGACAGCGGUAGGGAUGAAGAAGAAGAUAAUGCAAAUGAGAUGGAAGAGGAUGCAGCAGAAGAUCUAUUUGCCUCAGAUAAUGAGGACUACCACCGGACUUUGCCUGACAGCCAGUUGCCUAUACCUAGCUAUCCUGCAAUUGCACGUCAUCUCAACAACUCCAACCGUUCUAAUGCUGGGCGUGGUCGGUGGCAAUCUGGAAAUGCUAAUGAUAGGGGUCCUCCAUUGCUUCCAUUGCCGGGAACUUACCAACAAAGGAAAUUUCAUGGUUCCAGUUCUGGGAAUUCUAAGUUUCAACAAGGAGCUCGACGCCCAGAAGGGCUUGUUGCUGAUUUAAAGCUUUUCAAGAAUGAAGAAACUCUAUCAAUGAAAUGUCCCCAAUUUCAACAACCUUCCGAGAUUGCAUGUUACAGUAGAGCUAUGGAUGGAAGUGUCUAUUUCGAUAAUCAAUGUCUGAGACUUUUCCGGCGUGGUUUGCUUGAAGAGUUAGGAGCAGACCUGAAUGAAGGCUUCGAGACAUUUGUAGAGAAAAGAGAAGACUUGGAGUGUCAUGGAUUCGGUGACCUGCUUGCUUGCAUAAGGAAUGCAAAUAUUCCACUUACGAAUAUUCAUUUUGUGACUUUUCGUAACAACCUUAACAAGAUCUUAGAAACUGCAUACAACCGGUUUGAUCCGUGGGAGAUGGGGGUGCACAAGAGAAAUGGAACUGUUUAUCUUGAUGUGCAUAAGCUUCCUGAAAGACCACAGACUGAAAUAGACCGCCGAAGAACAUACUGGGGCUAUUCUUUUGAGCAGCUUGCCACACAAGAUCCUAAUGAAGGUGAAAGUAAAGAUUCACACAUAGUAGAUGCAAAUGUUGAGUACUGUGCUGUAUUACGAACAAAACUGGGUGCUCAUCGCAUUAUUAUGGGUGCUGAAAUGGACUGCUAUGAUAAGAGUAGCAAGGAUGGCAGAAAGUACUACAUUGAACUGAAAACUAGCCGUGAGUUGGAAAACCGAACUGUAGAACGCUUUGAGAAGCAGAAACUGUUGAAAUACUGGAUCCAAUCAUUUUUAGCUGGAGUUCCUCGCAUAAUAAUUGGUUUCAGGGAUGAUGAAGGUAGGCUUCUGCGCACUCAAGCUUUAGGAACAGAAGAGAUAAGACACAGUGUGAAGGGAAAAAAUUAUUGGCAGGGUGGUGUUUGCCUGUCUUUUGCCGAUGAAGUUUUGUGUUGGCUAUAUGGUACAGUUAAGGAGAAUCAAGAUUAUGUUCUUCAGUUUGUGCCAUCAGCAAAUCGCAUAGAGCUUUUGCAAUCGAAUUCAUGCCCAACUUUGAUAACAAGCCAUGUAGAGAAAUUGUAAAUUAAUCUAUGGAUGGUGCGUUGUACCAUGCUCAUUUUUGUAGCGAGCCUCCCAUAAUCCAUAUGUUGAAUCGAGCAAUAAAAUCACUCUUGAUGUUUAUGUUCCCUUAAUAUGUGCAAUUCUUUUCUCUACUUUCAUAAUAUGAUAAAAUAAAUUUUGCUUGUUUUA